AUGGACUUCAUUUCACGGACACGCAGACAGACUCGAAACGCAUCCAAAACAACUUACUAAGUGACCACUGGUUGGAGCUCAGCACUGAUCCAUCUACGAGCACUAUGAGUAAAUGAAAACAAGCUGCCUUUAAUCCAAGAAGGAUUCCUCCUCUCUUCGCUAAGAGUCUACUAACCGUGUAUAAGGACCACUGGGAGUACCAGAAUCAAGUCAAGGACACAUUCACUCCCCCUCAGCCUGCAGGAAGAUGGGAGUGAGAAAAUAAAGCUCUGUGGAGUCAAGAGGAGCUUAAUUAAUUCUAAGGAACCUUUAAAACAAACAGCAUUCAUUUGUGUAUGUUUGUGUGAGAGGAUCAGACAACCAUGUGGACAUUCGCUGCAACUGUCCACUGUCUUCUGGCUGCUGCCCUGCUAUUAGCCAGCUGCCUCCAAUCAGUGAUUGCAACUGAGGAUGAUGUCACACCGCGCAUCAGUUUCCAUUACAAUGCAAAGGAGAGAUCAGCCAAGAGAUUCUCUGUGGACGGCGUCUUCAAUUACACCUCUCUGCUUCUUAGCCAGGAGGACGACAUGCUGUAUGUCGGAGCAAGGGAAGCACUCUUUGCCCUCAGCCUCUCUGACAUCAGCAAGACCAAGCUGCAGAAGAACCUGACGUGGGGCACUCCUGCUGGAAAGAGAGAGGAAUGCAGCUUCAAAGGAAAGAAUCUACAGACUGAUUGCUUCAAUUACAUCAAAAUUCUUCUGCGGCUGAAUAGCACUCAUCUUUAUGUGUGCGGCACCUAUGCAUUCAGUCCAAUCUGCGCCUACAUAAACACGUCAACAUUCACACUGGAGAGAGAUGAAGUGGGCGAGGUUGUGAUGGAAGAUGGGCGCAGUCGGUGCCCCUUUAAUCCCGAGUACAAAUCCACGGCCAUCAUUGUCGAUGGUGAGUUGUACACCGGUACUGUGAGCAACUUUCAGGGGAAUGAACCAGUCAUAUACAAGAGUCUGGGUCAGGGAACUGCACUGAAGACAGAAAACUCUUUAAAAUGGCUGCAAGAUCCGGUCUUUGUUGGCUCGGCUUACAUCGAGGAGAGUCAGCCAAUAGGGAACCCCGUGGGAGAUGAUGACAAGAUUUACUUCUUCUUUAGCGAAGCGGGAAAGGAAUUCGACUUCUUUGACAACACCAUUGUGUCAAGGAUCGCUCGCGUGUGUAAGGGUGAUAAGGGAGGUGAGCGUGUACUGCAGAAGAAAUGGACCACCUUCCUGAAGGCUCAGCUCCUGUGUUCCCUCCCUGAUGACGGCUUCCCCUUCAACAUCAUCCAGGACAUGUUUGUCCUGAAGCCCAUGGGAGACAGCUGGGAGAGCACCGUCUUUUACGGCGUCUUCACAUCCCAGUGGUAUAAAGGAGCAUCGGGCAGCUCAGCAGUGUGCGCCUUCACCAUGGCACAGGUGGAGAGAGCCUUCAGUGGGCGCUACAGAGAGGUCAACAGGGAGACGCAGCAAUGGUACACGUACAAUCACCCUGUACCAGAGCCACGGCCCGGGGCGUGCGUGACCAACCAUGCCAGGCAAAUGGGCAUCCAGUCAUCUUUGCACAUGCCUGAUAAAGUGCUCAACUUUGUCAAGGACCAUUUCCUGAUGGACAGUGUGAUCCGCAGCACUCCCCUGCUGCUGAAACGCAGCGUGCGCUACACACAGAUCGCUGUGCACAAGAUCCAGGGCAUGGAGAGGGCCUACGAUGUGCUCUUCAUCGGAACUGAUGAUGGAAAGCUCCACAAGGCCAUCAAUGCCAAUGACAAGAUGCACAUCAUAGAGGAGAUGAUUCUGUUUCCUGACCCUCAGCCUGUGCAACACAUCGAACUUGAUCCUCAGAGGGGUUUGUUGUUUGUGUCGUCCUACUCUGGGCUGGUGGAGGUUCCCGUGGCUAACUGCUCUAACUACCUGAGCUGUGGAGAGUGUGUGUUGUCGAGAGACCCCUACUGCGCCUGGACCGGGCAGCUGUGUCAGGAUGUCAGGAUGGCUCCUCCUGACAGCCGCUGGCAGCAGGAUGUGGAAGAGGCUGAUACUUCAGCGAUUUGUAGGUUUCCCAGCCCCAGAUCUCCCAGACCAGCAGCGUCCCGUGGCUCCAAUUGCCAGCUCAUUACAAUCCCCGCCAACACUUUCAGAGUCCUGCCCUGCAAACUGCGCUCCAACCUAGCACAGAGGAAGUGGCGAUACAGUGACAGCGCCAGCCAGUUCCUUUAUGCCACCCCUGAAGGCAACUUGGUCGUGGUAGCACAGGCUGACAAAAUGGAGACUUAUGAGUGUUGGUCUGAGGAGGAGAGCUUUCACCAGCUGUUGGCCAACUACUGUGUGAGAGCGGAGCCCCGCCAGGAAAGCACCACUAUGAUCGGUCACUCACGCACACCACAUAUUGAGCGAGAGGAGACCAUCAUCCUGCCUGGCCAGUCGCGUUCUGAGCAGGUCCACACUAAGACGUACUGGAACGAGCUGAUUGUGGUGUGUGCCCUCCUUGCGUUCUCCCUCGUGGUGUUCUCGUUGUUUGUCAUCUACAGGAACCGUGACCAUAUGAAGUCCAUGCUGAAGCAGGGCGAGUGCCCCAACAUGCAGCAGAAGAAGCCAAGGAUUGUGGGCAAGCCGGCCGAGAGCUUACCCCUCAACGGUAACACCAUCCCCGUUUCCACAUCUGAUCACAAGGGCUACCAGACAUUAAAUGACAACUAUAUCUGCAGCACGCCCACCCACGAGUCCUCGCCAGACAACAGCAAGAGCUUCUCUGAGUCCUCUGACAGGCGGCCACUUAACCUGAAGGAGAGCCACGUGGAAUACUCCCCCACCUGCCCUCGGCCCAGAGUACGGUUAGGCUCAGAGAUCAAAGACUCAAUCGUAUGAAAGCACAGUAUUUGCUAAAUGAUGCCACCCUGUAUCUCCAUGAAAGAUACAGGCCAAACCCACCGAGCAAAGGAGGGGAGACCCUGUCAUCCUCCUACAUCACAGCAUAUCUUUUAUUUUAGUCAUCUUUGUUCUGUGAUCAGCACGGAGGUCAUUUUGUUUAACCAUUUCCACUCUGAAGCCAGAGGUUGGUCCGGUCUGCUGCGAGGGACAGGACGAGGAAGCAGUGCGACACUUCGGUUUCAACCAGCUGCUAAAGAAUAGUUAUAUCAGUCUUUUUUUGAGUCAUUCUCAUGGCCACUAACAGCAUAUGUGUGUGUGUGUGAGUGUCGGGCUGUGAAGAAAAUAACACAAUAAGCAGAAGACCUUCUUCCAAUAUCAGUAUUUAUUCCAGUAUCCCUUUUAGAUAUGCAAGCUAGUCCAUUGAAUUGUCUAGUAGGUCACUGUCACAUGAUACAAUUACAGCAGUAGACAAUAAAUUAAAAAUACUGAUACACUGCCCAGCCCCAUUAAUAAUGUGUGUCCUUGCACAUGCUCACAUGCAGAAGAUUGCUGCUACGGUAUCAACACUUCUGAUGUUAUGCAGACGCCAUACUAGAACCAAGCUACAGUACACACCACACAUGAUGACCUAGAGUUUAGGUUAAGGAGGAUAUAAUACAUGCAAUGCAUAUUCAUUAAGAUCCACUCAUGAUGGGAGCAAGUCAGAAGCACAUUUCUUUCCAUUUCGCUCAAUAAAUGUCAUGACUGUCUGAACAGAAAGACGAGGACAGACGAGGAAGACCAGGAGAACACCACACCUUGAAAAUGACUACAACUUUAAGACCGUUAAGGGUGGCUACUAAUCAAAAAAUGUGAUCACAAAUGACGCUCCUGGGUCUAAAUAUUGGCAUUUACCUCCUGAAUGUACACUGUUUCAUUUACACCUAACCACAACAUGGACAAUUUAGGGAACCCAUUCCUCUACAUCUCUGCUCAUCCGAGACAGCCCUGCUCUUCAAAACUGACAUAGCAGGUACAAUGAUGGGUUUAUAAGUCCAUGGGGACACAGAUACCCUGUUUUAGAGGCGAAUACGGAAAAAAUCCUGGCAUUUUCUAUGGCGAUCAAAGAAGACACUACAAACACAGAGAGCCAAGGAAAAAAGGGUGAUGUCCACACCUCACUGUGUUCAGGGCAGCAACAGAAUCAUCAUGUGCACUGUGCCAAAAAAAGCAAAAGAAAAAACAUGAUUGUCUUAUCAAAAUGCAAUAGUGCCAUGCUUUUCUGACCACUCCCAUCUCAUGCUUUGUUUUAGCAUUGAUCACUGUCGAAGAGCACAUGGUGACGGUGCUGGAGGUUGUUCUCACAAAG